AUGCAAGAAUGUGGAAAAGUAGAAGAAUACAACAAGAAAGAUAUGACAAGAGGUUUAUUCAAGAAGAUAAAAUACUUCCGUGGACAAUUUAUACCCAGAAAUGGCACCUUAACAGAUCAAAAUAGUAAACAUUUAACAAAUGGUGAUGAAAUCAAAAACAAAUGGAAACAAUACACCGAGGAACUAUACAAGAAAGAAAUCAAUGGUACAGGAAAUUUGGAACUCGAUGAUUAUGAACUGGAAUCAGAUAUUUUGGAAAACGAAGUUAAAUUCGCCAUGGAAACAUUAGCAAAUGGAAAAGCACCUGGACAUGAUGGUAUUACAAUUGAAUGUUUCAAGACAAUUAAAGAAGAUGCAGUGAGAAUAUUAACAAAAUUAUGCCAACAAAUAUGGAAAACACAAAAAUGGCCUCAAGACUGGAAAACAUCGAUAUUCAUUCCCUUACCGAAGAAUGGAAAUGUCAAAGAUUGCUCAAAUUACCGAACAAUCGCUCUCAUCUCAUAUGCCAGCAAGAUCAUGUUGAAGAUUAUACAACGACGAUUGGAACCAUUUCUCGAACGAGAAAUGCCAGCCACACAAGCAGGAUUUAGAAAAAGAAGAGGAACACGCGACCAAAUAGCAAAUCUACGGUGGUUGAUGGAAAAAGCUCGUGAAUACCAAAAAGAGUUUUACUUAUGCUUUAUCGACUAUAGUAAAGCUUUCGACUGUGUAGAUCACGAGAAACUCUGGUCUGUACUACUGGAAAUGGGUGUACCAAAGCAUUUGAUUAUCCUAUGAAGAACUUAUACACCAAUCAACAAGCAUCGGUGAAAACGGAUU